AUGGAUACAUCGCAGAAACACGCUUUCUCGGCUGUCACGGUCCAAAUAGAUCGAUUGACGAGCGAGCAAUACGAGGAGAAUGAUGUCGGUGGCAUUGUCGAUCUCAUCGAAGUCAUUCGCAUCCAGGCAUCUGGUCCUACGGAAGCAGCACGAGCUUUGCGAAAGAAGCUCAAGUACGGCAACGUACAUCGGCAGAUCCGCGCCCUGGUCAUCCUAGACGCUUUAAUCCAGAAUGCUGGUACGAGGUUCCAGAAAGCUUUUGCAGACGAGCCCCUCCUCGAGCGACUUCGUAUUCUGGCCAGGGACGACACGGUUGAUGCGGAUGUUAGGCAGAAGGCCAACGUUCUGUUUCGAGGAUGGGCUGUUGCAUACAAGGGAACGCCUGGACUUGAGCGAAUAGCAGCACUACACAAAGAACUCCCUCGUACCAAGCGUCCCCAACCACAGCAAUCUCGAAUUGUGCGACAGCAAGAUGCCGAGGCCGCACGUGAGCGCGAGGAUAACUCGCCCUCUCCUCCUCGAAACAGGCGGCCGGAGCCACAACAGGCGUCAUCCUCAAGAACCAAUACACCUGUUGUACUCGGCGCUGGUACUCCUCUUCCAACCACCUCGCUCUUCAGUAGGAACAAGAAAGACAAGAAGAAGACCAAAGGCCAGCCAUUCAAUCUGGAGAGGGAGAAAGGACAAAUGCUCGAGACGAUGGCAUCGGCAAACGUCGCUAGCACAAACUUGCUCAAUGGGCUGCAGCUCAUCAACCGUGAGCAAGAGCGAGUCAGCGACAACCCAGAAGUGAUGCGACGUUUCGAGACGUGCAAGCAGCUUCGUCGCCAAAUCUUGCGUUAUAUCCACUUGGUUGAGUCAGAGCAGUACAUUGGCGGUCUUCUUAAUGCCAACGACGAGCUAGUCAAGGGUCUCAUGGCAUUCGAAAUCAUGGACAAGAGCAUCGAUGACGACAGUGACAGCGACAAUGAAGAGGGCAACGUAUCUGCUGCUAUGGCCAGCAUGAACAUGAACGAGUCGGCUCCUCCAAAGCCACCCCGGCCAACGAGCAUUCCUAUGCCUCCUCAGCGUGUCGAGCCAGACAGUGAGCCAGAGGAGGAUGAGGAUGACCCGUUCGGAGACAGCAACGCACAGCUGUCAAAACUCCAUUCGCUGAGAAGAGCCAGCCGACUUGGAGAGACGUCUGAGAUAUCAAGUGCCAGACGCGAACAAGACCUGCAUGUUCACGGCGAGACACGCAUCUCGCGCAGACCUAGCUUUCUCUUUCUCUCCAUCGCUCAACCUCGCAACUCCGUCAUCUCGCGACUCAACAAGUACAACUCGACCGUCUACAACCCACUCAUCACACUCCAAACCCCACGCGAUCCGCGCAAACUCAUACACCAAGAUGCCUGCCUCCACAAACUCCGUCUCCUCGGCCGCUGGCUCUAUUGUCAAGCCUCAGGGUGGCAAGUGCAGCUGCAUCAGCACAGACGACUGCAGUUGCUGCUGCAUUCCUUGCACUGUCAUGUUCCGUCACGAUUACUCUCGGUUACCGUUUCCUACGUAGCGUUGAUGUACCACCACACUUCGUUUCCAUCGCUCCCCAACAUCCUCAGCCAUACAACGCUCGACCCAACGUGUGGCUUCGAAGGCAACAACGACAUCUACGGUAUCGGAAUUCGUAUCGGUAUCUACGCACAAAUCCUCGCUGUCUGGUUCGCAAACUACUUCCUCCUAUCUGAAGUCCAAGUACUGCGCGAUUCCGUCAGCAUAUUUAGCGUCGCAAUCCUUAUCGUCGCGUUGAUUUUUGCCUCGAAUCCAUCCGAUGUAUACGCCGUAGAGGCAUUCGUGUUGCUACAGAUACUGGCAUGGAGUUGUAUGAUGGGCGUGCGAGCCAAGUCCUCGUACAGAAAGGCUACCUUCUCUCGCGGCAGCUUUUUGAGGCGGGUCGUGUGCGAGGUCGUCAACCUUAUGAACAUCUGUCUGCAUGUGUGGUUCUGGUGGGCAGGGGUGGAUGACAUGAAGACAACGCCAUGCGGCACAUGGUUGAUGAUGUAUGUUGUCAAAACAAGUCUUCUUGGCUGGGCGAGGAAGGUCAUGAUGGCUAUGAGUCUCUUCGUGUUACUCUGCACGAUCUAUUGGGUGGUAGUGGAGUUCUUGAGGCCGUGGACUGCGUGGAAGGUAAGAGAGAAGAGGAGAGAGUUCGUGGACGCAAUCAGGAUGUGGGAGGAAUCUCAGCAACGGAGCAUAGAUGAAGAGAUGAUAGAAGAGAAGGAUGCGACUGAAGGCGAAGUGUCUUCCGCGUCUAUUGCAAUGGCUGGACUCGUCAGCUACAAGAAUGAGCUUCACACAACGCUACCAAAGCAACCAUCUCCACCAAGAUCCCCAAGCUUGGAUUCAUUUCCAUCUGCACUACCUUCACGCGCCGGUACUCCUUCCACAACAUCUACCGAAGCAGAGUACAGGCCUCGGUAUACUCCGCAUCGUCACGACGAACCGAUCAACUUUUUCAAAAUCGCCAAUAGACCCGUCACCAUCGCCUUCGCUGUCCUAUUCGCCUUAGAAAUCUCCAGCAUCAUAUACUGGGAUAUGUACGACCUAUCUUCUAUUCUCUUCCUCCCACCCGUGGCGAGCAUAUGUGCUGUUCAGUGGGAGAAAUACAGGCACCGUAGGCACAGUAGAGCGAUCAGAGAUGAUGAGGUGGACAUUGGGUCGAUGUACGAAGAUGAGGAGCUUGAGGAUGGGAUGAAUUUGUACGGGGUAGAGCUAAGGGUGGAUGAAAGCCUGUCAUUAGGGAAGCAACAGGAAAUGUGUUGA